AUGGCGACCCCCGUCGCCUCCCCUCUCCUCCUCCCCUCCCCGGCCCCCCUUCCGGCCCCAACCUUCCCGCCCCGCCGCCUCACCUCCAUCCGUCGCCUCCUCCUCACCUCCCCCCCGCACGCCGGCCGCCCGCGCCUCCGCGACCCGCCGCCGGCGCCGGUGGAGGAGGCCGCCGCCGCCGCCGCCGCCGUGGAGGAGUACGAGGCGCCUCCGCUCAGGCUCCUCGACCCGCCGCAGGAGGAAGAGCCCUACCCGGAUGAGAUGGAGGCGGCCGACCCGGACUUGUACCGGAUCGGGUACGCCCGGAUGAUGCGCGCCUACGGGGUCGAGUUCCUCGAGGGCCCCGACGGCAUGGGCGUCUACGCCUCCCGGGACGUCGACCCGCUCCGCCGAGCCAGGGUGAUAAUGGAGAUUCCAUUGGAGCUCAUGCUGACUAUAACUAAAAAUCAUCCUUGGAUGUUCUUUCCUGACAUUAUCCCACUAGGACAUCCUAUAUUCGAUAUUAUCGAGUCAACAAAUCCCGAGACAGAUUGGGAUUUAAGAUUAGCCUGCCUUCUUCUCUAUGCAUUUGAUGUAGAAAACAACUUUUGGCAGUUAUACGGUGAUUUUUUGCCUAGUGGUGAUGAAUGCACCAGCCUGCUUCUGGCACCGAAGGAGGAUCUAAUGGAACUGGAAGACGAAGAUCUGUCCUCAGAGAUGUUAAAACGCCAGCAGCGAGCAGUUGAUUUUUGGCAGAAACACUGGCACAAAGCAAUCCCUCUCAAGCUAAAGCGGCUUGCCCCUGACCACGAGAGAUUUCUCUGGGCAUUGAGCAUUGUUCAGUCUCGCUCUUUCAACUUGAAUAUGAGAAUGGGAGCUUUCAUUCAAGAUGCAAAUGUCCUAGCUCCUUAUGCCGAUAUGCUGAAUCACUCACCUGAUGCUAACUGUUUCCUGCAUUGGCGUUUCAAAGAUCGAAUGCUUGAAGUUAUGAUUAAGACGGGGCAUGCUAUCAAAAAAGGAGAUGAGAUGACAAUCGAUUAUAUGAGUGCGGUGAACAGCACGUUGAUGCAAAGAUAUGGCUUCUCAUCACCAACGAAUCCCUGGGAACAUAUAAACUUCUCGAGCCCUGCCAAGAUCCACCUGGAUUCUUUCCUGUCAGUCUUCAACAUAGCUGGCCUGCACGACGAGCUGUACCACAACGUUGCAUUGACAUCGGGAGAAAGUACCUUUGUUGACGGAGGAGUGGUGGCAGCAGCAAGAACUCUGCCGACAUGGUCGGACGGUGACCUUCCUGCCAUACCGAGCGUGGAGAGAAAAUCCGCUCAGGCGUUGCAGGAGGAGUGCCGGAAGAUGGUGGAGUCUUUCUCGACCACGAUCCAACAGGACGAGGAGAUCCUAGAUUCCGACGAGCCUAUGAGGAAAACACGCGAAAUCGCGAUCAAGUACCGGCUGCACCGGAAGCUGCUCUUGCAGAAGAUCAUCGACUCGCUGGAGAUCUACCAGGAUCGGAUUCUGUUCUAG